CGUGAGAGUUUUCCCACUGACCUCAAAGAGACUUCUCAUGGGAGUGAGAACUUUCUCAUAAUAGUAGAGAUUCUGGUAAUACUUAAUUUUCUGCAAAAUACGUUCCAGGAGGAUGGUAUGAUACCUGAACAUUCUAUGUAAUCGCUGUAUUUAUUCGGGAUCUUCCUACUGAUGAUAUUGAAGAACACCUGGUCUUUUCUGACUUUUGACAGAAAUAUGUUCUUGCAGAGUUUUUCUGAUCAAGACAUACUGGGUCAGGCUUUUGAAGAUGCACUAGAAGUACUGCAGCAGCACUCCGACAGAGAAAUGCAGUACUCACAAGGUUAUAAAAACUGCCUGACUGUGAUCAACCAUCAUCCCCACCUCCGAGCAAGUCCCAGCUAUUCUGCAGUACCCUCUACAGAGGACCCAGGAUAUAGCUGGAGAACUGUGAUAAACAGUGCAGCAGAUUUUUAUGCAGAUGAUUCUGUCUACCAUACACUGCAGAAUACUCCAGAAAGCCAAGUGAUGCAUGCUGCUGCUGUCCAGCCAAAAGCAGGGAAAGGUAGAAAAAAACUUCGUCUGUUUGAGUACCUCCACGAGUCUCUGUAUGAUCCAGCCAUGGCAAACUGCAUCCAAUGGGUGGAUAAGCCCAAUGGCGUCUUCCAGUUUGUCUCCAAAAACAAGGAGAAACUUGCAGAGCUGUGGGGAGAAAGAAAGGGAAAUCGCAAGAUCAUGACAUAUCAGAAAAUGGCCAGAGCACUGAGGAAUUAUGGAAGAACAGGUGAAAUUAUUAAAAUUCGAAGGAAGCUGACAUACCAGUUCAGUGCUGUUGUUUUACAAAGACUUGCUCCAUCCUACUUCUUGGGGAAAGAAACUGUUUAUCAUCCAUACAUUCAGCCUAAUCAAGAAUAUCAAUGUGCAGAUGACUGGACCAAUUACAACAAUUACAUGUACAACAAUGGUUAUGCAUUACAGCAUGCUAACAGCUAGACAUCACAUAAACAGCUCAUAAUAUUUUCCAGCACAGGAACUCUUCUCUAUACAUAGCUUUUCCUAUAUUAUAUCAUGCAAAUACAUGAAGAGGGCUUAAAAAAUGAUCUUAACCUACUUUGUUCCUUUUGAAGUUACCAACAAAUAGUUAAUGAAUAUCGAAGAAAAACAGCAGCUGUAGGGCAGAUUCUGUUCUCUGUGGCAUUAAUCAAAGGAAGUACAUCAAAUUCAAGCUGGUAUAUCCAAGAUAGGGAUCAAACUUGUCUGCAGUCUGGAUCAAAGAUCCUAUCCUGAUAAUGCUCAUUCAUUUCAUCGGAAGUUCUGUGCAUAUCCCCAACUUUCCAAUCAGAAUGCAGAUACUGUUGUACCAUAGCUCACAAUUGGAUGCAUGUGAAUUAGAAAGGGAAGAGGUUUGGCAGCUGUGCUAAGCUACUGCCUGCUUUUUCAUCAAUGCUUUUUAUUAAGAGAUGAUUUCUGAGUGAAUCCCUGGCUGAACUACAGAGUCCACAUGAAGGUGCACCUGUUGGCCAAGUUAUUAAUCCUUAAUCACUUAUAUUAACAUAUUUUAGCACAGAUCUUGACACAUGGUAUUAGGAUCACCAGGUGUGCAUUUCACUGUUGGCAGGGGAUUAUUUGAGAAAGAGACCAUACCACGACAGAGUUAGCAAAGGAUUAUGCUUUUUAUUAAGAUAUUUACAGUUCUCCCCCACUAAUAUGAGAAGUCAUACUUUUGUCCACCAUACUUUUGCUCUAUACUCAGCUGAUGAACCCAGCUUCAUUAUUUACAACCACCUUUGGAGUUAGAACUUUAUAUAUAAAAAUGCAAAGUUGCUUCUCCAGCUUUUUUUCUGCAUAGAAUCACAAGGUUGGAAACGACCUACAAGAUCAUCUAGUCCAAAUGGUAUUCUUGUUGAGAGACUCAGUAAUUUUAUCUUCUCUUCAUGGAGAAGAGAAAAUUUAGAUAAAAAAAAGCAGGUACUAUCCCCUUACACCAGGAUGAUACCAUUAAGUACACUCUGACACUUCUAUUCAUUUGUCAGCUUGGUUGUUUGCUAGAAUACUUCCAUUUGACUGCAUUCAAUUUUAUAGUUUGCAUUUUGCUUCAAGUGACUGCAGGUUCAGGCAGAAAUAAAAAGAAUAUUGAUUUCUGUGAAGAGGUAUACAUGGUGGCUUGAUAUGUUUCAUGAAAUUCACUGACUUAAAUAGUUACCACUUGCUCUAACUCCUGCUUACAUCCACAGGGAAAUCAUUUUAUGUAAUAGACACAAUGCAACAUACUCCACUCCAGAAAAAUUCAAGAUUUUGUGUUAAUACUUUAGUUAAGAUGAAAGAUGUGUACCCUUAGAAAUACAAGGUAUAUUAAACAACAAAAUAAGCAGAUCAUAACUGUGUUGUUGUCAAUACUUUUAGUAUAGUUUUCCAUAUGUAAAGUUGUCUAUAAUAUACGAGAUACCUCUAGUUGUAUGUAACUGAGUCUGGAUUCUGCUGUAGCACUGAACGUAGUGGGAUUUUUAUAAAGGACUGAGAUCUUUAAUUCAGGAUGCUCUCACUGUGUGAGCACCCACCUAAAUACAAUAUUUUGAAUAUCAUGAUGUACAUAAAUUUGAUGAGAAACUGCAUGUUAAUUUACUAAACAUCUGUCACCAAUUGCACUCUGACUUUAUGUUAUUUACAAGGCUGGUAACAUACACUGCAAUAAGAAUCUACCUUGUGUAAAAUGCUUACUUGUCAGUGUGUUUAGGUUCACUUCUCUGAGCCUCAUCAACUUGUUAAGGAAAUAAAUACUUUUUUUUUUUA